AUGGGGGAAUCUUUGCAACCUCGCCACGAUCGUCAGUCUAGUUUGACAUCGCAGACUCAACAGGAUUUGCCUCUACCUGAGACUUGGCCUGUACCCAAACCGCCUACGUAUGUUGUUAAUAGCACCGCUCAUUCUCCUUCCACUACAUCUUCGAGGUCAAGUUCGAUCACAACGACGACUUUGAGAACACCUGUCAGAAUGGCGCCAUCUGGCGCAAUCCCUUCCAAGAUCGAUAUGGAUAACGAGGAUCGUAGCAAGCGGGCUACCAGCGUACUCUCAAUGGAUGAUAUUGAGGCUGCACAGGCGUUGGAAGGCCUGCGAUCAGAUUUUGGUAAUUCCCCUGGGUCAUCUCGCAGUGGCAACCCAUCAUCUCCUCCCGCAGGGUCUUCGUCUUGCCAACAGCAACCCCCUGAGCCAUUGCUGUCCCUUCUCACCUCAUCUCAUCCUCUGCUAUCCUCUGCCAUCAACGGCUCCGUUUCCGUUUAUACCUCUUCUAAAUCUUACUCUCCAAGGUUCAAAUAUGGUGCUGAAUUUCUGGAGCGAAAUAUCGGCUCUCCAGUGGCUAAGAAAGUGGGCUCCGUCGGGAAAAAGACCGGCGUAGAAGGGGGAAUCCGUUGGGCGCUCCAGAGACGUCGAACGGACGACAGGACGAUCGACUCAGAGACUCCGGACAAACGUCGGAAAAUUAGCAACACAAACGUUGAUAUGAUUGACGUUGAAAAAGGGAUGGCUGAAUUAAACCCUUCCCAGACGAGGAGACCAUCCGUUGCUGACUCUCUCCCGCCAUAUGAUACUUUUUCAUCGCCCAAUUAUGAAGAGUCGGUUGAAUUAGACAGGAAAUUGGGAAAUAACCAAUCGUCUACAUGGCAAAGCCGAUUGGUAAUCUCCACCUCCGGCCUUGGCGUGGCGAUGAGCGAAGAGUCUCUCCGCAGCUUGACCUAUUGUCUAAGCUGGCUCCGCUGGGCAAACGGUCGACUAGGCAAUUCAAUCGUGUCCUUGAAAAGGGUUCUGGAAGAAUACGAUGCUUCCAAGAAGGAGCAGUUGUCGUCAAUCGACGGAGUCAUCAAUGCGGAGAUGAAGUCCCGAAACUCUACUCGCCUUUCAGAACAGGUCCAACAGGUUAAAGGAGAUAUAUUAUGUACACUCAAACAGGUCAUAGACGUCGUCUCCAAAUAUGCCGGCGGUGCACUGCCGGAAAACGCCCGACAUCUCGUACGAAGGCAUCUCACAUCGCUACCCCAGCGGUUUCGCGUAGCAUCCACUAUAACCCUGCGGGCAGACGGCUUCAGUGCUGAGGGAGACAUGACCACCAGCGCACAGCGUGUCCUUGUCCUAGCUGAAGAAGGAUUGGACAUGAUGGCUCAAGUCAGCGGCGUGGUCAACAAUACACUGGUCAGCGCUGAGAGCUGGUGUGAGAAGUUACGGAGGGGUCCUAAGCCUUCUAGAAACCAACUGGCAUCGUCGGAUCAACGACCAAUGAUGGAAUUCGAUAGAAAACCACCUGUAUCUGGUUCUGAGACGCCGACAGAUGUUGAAAUGACGGGGGCCACGGAGAAAUCAUAA